AUGGUUAAAUGUUUGUUGAGUUACAUAUCUCCCUUUGAGUGGCGUCACAGUAUAGUACCGACAGUUCCUGAUAACUUCAUUGAUAUACUCGGAGCUCCUAGCAUUAACAUACUGGGCUGCCACUCCAACUGGCACGAGUCACCUGAGUUCACUAAUAUUGAUGAUGCUGUUAUUGUCAAAUUAGAUGAAGACGUCGUUGAGUCAAAACUCUCUUCGUUGUCCUCGUUCCCAGAGCUACCUGAGGCUGACAGGAUGAGAUUCAAAACCCAGUAUCAAGAAAUAUUAGUGGGCGAUUAUGAGGUUGACAGCCUUGAGAGGUUGGUGCUGCCAUCUGCUAUAGAGAGGGAAAGGAGGAAGAGUAACUUUGAGCAUUACAAGGACACCACACUCUCAGCCUUGUUUCUGGAGCUAAUGGUCAGAGUUUUUGACUCAAUAGUGCAGGAUUUAAAGAAGAGCAGAGCAGUCUUUGAAGAACACUUGAACAGUUUGCCAGAGAAGGAGCAGUUCUUCUAUAGAAUAGCUACCCAAACUGACAUGUUCUCAUUGUUCAUGAUGUCCCGUAGAUUAGGAGUCAGGGAUAAUUUUAGUAUUUUAGCCGAUCAAGUUAAAAAGUACCUCCGACCAGCGAGAUCCGUUGAAGGAGACUCACUAGUGUCUCAGACAUUGCCCUCUAAUGUUCUCCCACUAAACCCACUUACUCGUAGAAGUCGCCUCAGUAUUGUCAAUGCGAUGUUAUCAGGACAGUCAUUGAAGCCCAAUAUUGUUGGUACUCAGUCUCUUCUUCGUCAUCAAACUAUUAUUGAGGACAAGAUGGGUCCAUUCAUCUCGUGGUCAUACAGCAAGACCAGUUAUUUCAAAGACUUACAGUGUCUCAUCCUACCUCAGUUUGAGAACAAACCGAUAGAGAGAGGUAAAUACAUUGAGACGGUUCUUAGUUUGCUGGAUGACAUGAUAGCCGACAAGUCAAUACAAGCAAACUGCAUGUACCUCUGUGGGUACUAUCAUAUCGCCAGUGGGAACGUAUUAAAGGGAUUAGAAAUAUUAUGCGAUGAUCUUAAGAGAUUAAACUCAAACAUUGUACCGACACUUCAGCAAAGGAUGACUUUUGUUUCCCUAUUGUCUCCGGAAGAGAAAGAAGCGUUGGAAAAGAAGUCCUUUUACAAAGACCUCAUCCCCAGACAAGUGUUUCAGGAUGGCUAUGUGAGACAUCCUUCAAAUGCUUUAGCUUUCCGUAAAAUUGGUUCACACAAGAAGACGCUUAGUCAUAAUGAGUUCUCUAAAGAAAUGACUCAAGAAAAUGUUACCAAGGAUCCCGAAUCAGUCAGUAACUUGUUCUCAAUUUUACAAUCUGUCAAUCAUUCAGCAAGCGUUAGCGUGGAGUUAUUUCAAGCUUUUCUCGAGUCUUGGAAGCAGGUAGUGCAGGAGUAUGAGAAAGCCAGUCAAAUGAUGAAGGCACAAGAUCCUAUACUGGGAGUCACUGAGAGAAUUUUAGUUUACAAUUCAAACUUGAGGACAAACGCUGGCUCCCACUGUCAAGUCUUCCUCACUACCCACAGGAUAUUGGUACAGACCCAGAGCGGUGGUGCCCUUAAUAAAGAUAAGGUUUUUGGUGUUCUCUCCGAAAUGAACUUGUCCUCUUUCUGCAAGUCCGAGAUAUCCCUCACCGUAUUCAGUCCAAAGGUUCCGAUCAUUAAAUUUGAUUGUCUUGACCAGUCGAUGGCCUCAUCAACUAGCGGGACAAGAAACAGGGUUACGCGUAUCACUGCUAGGGCAUCUAAGAUGACUGAUGUGUAUAUUGCGUUUCCUGACGUUGUGUCUCAAGAGCUGUGGUAUCGACUCUUAAAAGAAGCAAUAGCAGGCUGGCAGAAGUUUACAGCUCGUAAAGAUGCUACAGUGAUGGAUCAUGUAGAGUCUCAUACAAGACUACUGCUGGCAUUAUUUAGAACUGGUUGGACUAAUGAAGUUGAUACUAAUGUUAGACACAAGUGGUGCCAGAAAAUCCUCAGUCUACAGUCCAAGCCAGUAGUGAUAGAUGUUAAAGCUACUGAAGCACUUCUCUAUCGUAUCAACCCAAACACUUAUAACAUUGAGAAAGCUACCAUUGAAUCAACACUAUUUGUACCAAGAAGUGUUACUGGAGGAGAGGGGAAACUAUGGUUUGGAUUGGGUAAUGGAGUAUUGCGUGUGUACGAUAUGGAGGACAGGUGCUUUGACUCUGAUCUCAAGAUAAUGGACUCCAGGAGAGGAAAGACAGUUCGUGUGUCUUGUCUGUUGCUAGUGGAUUAUAACGUUUGGGUCGGAUCACUUAAUAAAACUAUUCAUAUUCUUGACGUGGAGACACUCUGUCACGUAUCUCAGCUCUCUAAUUUAGAGGAUGAGCCGAGAGAUCUUGCACUGAGUAAGAGUGAACCGAUGAUAGUCUGGUCUUUGCUUCUUAACGGGACGGUACUUGGUUUUGAUCCUGAGACUAGGGAGAGAGUUGCUAAAGUAUGUACAUACACAUUUAUGUGUUUAUAUUUGUGUCCUUACGCUAUGUAG